AGGUGACGCUAAAACAGUGAAAUUUUGUGAAAAAAUUAAAAAUUGAUAAAAAAAACAUUAAAAAGUGUUUUAAAGUGUUAAUAAUAUGAGUGCUAGUGAAUAUGAUGUGGCGAAGGACUCCAGGGCAUAUGAAGACAAUGGAAAUUUCAAAGAAAACAAAAUAAAUUUCAGCAAAGAGGUGAAACAAGUGAUUGACAAGGUUUUAAAAUCAGACGAUCCCAUGGAUGCCCCCGACUUUAAUUCUGUGGACUAUAUCAACCAGCUUUUUCCCAACGAACAGUCUUUGGCCACCAUCGAUGAGACCAUACAACGUAUGCAGUGCGAAGUAUCGCUGAUUGACGACAAUAUACGUUCAGUUGUCAGGGGACAAACAAAUACCGGCCAGGAUGGUCAGAUGGCCUUGUUUGAAGCACAGAAAGUCAUUACCACUUUAUAUGAUCACAUCAUUGAUGUGAAAACCCGUGCUGAAAAGACGGAAGAAAUGGUGAAGGAAAUCACCCGAGACAUCAAACAGCUGGAUUGUGCGAAACGCAAUUUGACUUCAGCCAUUACCACUCUAAAUCAUUUGCACAUGCUGGUGGGCGGCAUUGAAAGUUUGGAGAAGCUGAUUGAAAAACGUUUGUAUGGCGAAAUUUUGAAUCCUCUGCAGGCCAUAACAGAAGUCAAUCAACAUUUUCAACAAUAUUCGGACAUAGAGGAAAUUAAGAAUCUCUCGCAGAGUGUAGAUCGCAUACAAGUGACUUUGGCCCAACAGAUAACGGAAGACUUUAAAGAGGCCUUCUCCGGUAAAUCCUCCGGCAGCAAUGCCCAUCCCCGUUUGGGCUUGAAUCAGUUAUCAGAUGCCUGUAAAGUUGUUUCUGUGCUGGAUCCCAAAGUAAGGAAGGAACUUUUGAAGUGGUUUAUAGCUCAGCAGUUGGAAGAGUAUCUGCAUUUGUUUCAUGAAAAUCAAGAUAUUGCCUGGCUGGAUAAAAUUGAUAAACGUUAUGCUUGGCUUAAGCGGCAUCUUCUUGAUUUCGAGGAUAAAUUUGGCAAUGUAUUUCCGCUGGAUUGGGAAGUUUCUGAGAGAAUUACUGUGGAAUUUUGUCGUCUGACCAGAGAGCAAUUAUCUCAAAUCAUGGUCAAACGAGCACAUGAAAUUGAUGUGCGUCUACUGCUGUUUGCCAUCAACAAAACCCAGGCUUUCGAACAAUUGUUAUCAAAAAGAUUUACUGGUUCCACAUUGGGUCUAACUAAUGCAAAUACUGAUAAACUUACUACAGCAACUGAAACUUCAGCUGAUCCUCUGGCUGGAACACAAUUGGCUGUUGUAUUUCACGAUCAAAUCGGUUCAUGUUUUAAAAAUCACUUGGACAUUUAUAUCAAAAGUAUUGAUCGCAAUCUAUCGGAACUCAUUGAAAAGUUUAUUGAACAGACUAAGGAGCCUUUUAAAGUGGGAGAAGCAAAGACUACAGUGUAUCCUAGUUCUGCUGAUUUAUUUGUUUUCUAUAAGAAAUGUAUGGUUCAAUGUAAUCAAUUGAGCAAUGAACAGCCCAUGUAUGAAUUGGCUAUGGUGUUUAAAAAAUAUUUACGUGAAUAUGCCAGCAAGGUAUUGGAGUUUAGUAUCCCGAAAUUGCUGCCUUCAACAACAUCGAUUGGAAAAAGUAUGUCCUUAUUGACACGGGACAUGCAGAAUCUCUCUACGGCCGCUGGUCAAGUUAUACACAAUUUUCUCAAGGAAGGCGAUGUUCAACGUUUCUCCAGAGAUGAUCUUAUACGCAUCUGUUGCGUAUUAACAACUGCAGAAUAUUGUCUGGAGACAGUACAACAAUUGGAAGAUAAACUGAAGGAGAAAGUAGCCAUAGCUUAUGUAAAUAAAGUUGAUAUGUCGGAGGAAAAAGAUGUAUUUCAUCGCAUUAUCUCAAAUUGUAUCCAACUGUUGGUUCAGGAUCUGGAAGCUGGUUGCGAACCUUCUCUACAAACUAUGUCUAAAGUCCAAUGGCAAACUAUUAACAAUGUGGGUGAUCAAAGUGCUUUCAUCUCUAGUAUUUGUGCCAACUUCAAACAAACUGUUCCCAUAUUACGUGAUAAUUUAUCUAGUUCUCGCAAAUAUUUCACUCAAUUCUGCCAUAAAUUUGUUAAUGUUUUUAUUCCUAAAUUCAUCAAUGUUCUAUACAAAUGCAAACUAACUCUAUCGGAUGGUUCUAACAAUGUUUUGGGUUGCGAACAAUUACUACUAGACACUCAUAGUCUAAAAACUGCUCUAGUAGAUUUGCCUUCCAUAGGGUCGAGUGUCAAUCGCAAAGCUCCCACUUCGUACACCAAAGUGGUUGUUAAAGACAUGAGUCGUGCCGAAAUGAUUAUAAAAGUGGUAAUGACGCCCGUCCAACCACCAGCGCAUUUUACCCAACAGGUUUUAAAACUAUUGCCAGAUGUCACAAUUGCAGAGUACCAAAAGAUAUUGGAUAUGAAAGCGGUUAAACGUGUGGAUCAGCUACAACUAAUAGAUCUUUUCAAACGCACUGCUUCCACAGCUGCUUUUGCAGGCUUAACAGAAUCAUCGGAUACUAGCUCAAAUGCCGAUGUUAAUUCCACAAAUUCUACCGAAACUACGAUCACGGACAAUUUGAUGGUUGAUGCUACUAGUGCCGAAAGUUCAUCUGCUGCACAAAAUGCUGCCAGCAACACUAAUUCCACAGCAUCGACUUCAACUCCCAAGAGGGCUUUUAUAUUUAGUGUUGGCAGUUUCUCAGGCGGCAGUAACAGUGCAGAUAAAAAUGGUGACGGUUCUUCACAGACGGGCAGUGAUCGUGGUCGUAUACGUAAAUUGGAGAGUCUUUUGAAAAAGCGAUUGCCUUAAAUAUACAUUUAUAUAUUGUAGUAUUAUUUUACUAUUUAUUCGAGUUUAAAUUUGUAGAUGCGUUAUUAUUUUGUUCACAACAUUCCAUUAUUUUUAAUACAAGUUGCAAGCAACUGUUGUUUUAUAUUUUUUCCCUUUUCUUUUAAAUUAUGUGCAAUGCAAAUUAAAUGGUUUAAUAAAAAAUAAUAUUUUUAUUAAUUUAAAAAUA